AAGGACUGGGCUGUAGUAACACCUGGCAGGCGGAGACAGGCCGCAUCACUCAGAUGGUCAUCACCGUGCUCAUCUUCCUGGUGGGCGUGUCCUUGAACAGCCUAGUGGUGUAUGCGUUGGCCUGGCGUGGGCGUGGCCGCCUGACGAGGCGUGGCAGCUUGGGCCAAGGGAGACGCGCGGCGCCAGCAGCUUCCGUGUCUACGUAGUGAACCUGGCGCUGGCUGACCUGGUCCUUCUCCUCCGCACCCCUCUGAUGCUGGCGUACCUGGCCCACAGCUGUAGCUGGCCCGUGGGGAAACUGGCCUGUCGCCUGGUGAUAUUCCUGAGAGGCCUGGGACUAUACGCCGCAGCCUUCCUGCUGUGUGCCGUGGCUGUGGAGAGAUGUCUGUGUCUCCUCAGGCCGGUCUGGUCCAGUCUGAAGCGUCCUCGCUGGGCGGUUCCCCUGGUGUGCGGUCUCCUCUGGGGUCUGGCUGCUGCCCUGGCUACCCCUUACCUCCACACUGCCGACCUGCUGGAGAUCAACGGUACUACCCAGUGUCUGGAGAGCCUGGGGUACAGCACGGGGCUGUUUGUGACUGAGACGGUGGCCGGGUUCCUCCUGCCGUUAACAGUGUUCCUGGUGAGUAACGUAGCCGUGCUGUGGACUGCCAGGCAGGCAGGAGUCUCCGGACCAACCUCUCCAUCCUCCUCUUCUUCCUUUUCGGCGACUGCGAGACAGAUGGCCAGGCUGUACCGGGUCCUCUUCCUCACCAUGCUCCUCUUCCUGUCCUGCUGGGUGCCCUACUUUACCUGCCGCUUCCUGCGGGCGCUGGCUGCAGGGCGGCCUGACCGGGCGGGGCUGUACCGGGCGUCGUUCACGGGGGCGUACGUCUCUCUGUUCCUGGUGUACCUGAAGAGCUCCCUGAACCCUGUCCUCUAUGUGUUCGCCGCACGAGGCCUGGGGCGAACCGUCCGCGCCUCGCUCCCCUCCACCAUCGAGAGAGUGUUCAAUUAUGACUAUUCUGACUCCAGGAGUAGACGGACCCUAAGGAGGGAGGAUUCACAAAUCUAGUGCCCUAAAACGCCCUGUUAGGGACCCUAAGGAGGGAGGAUUCACAGAACUAGUGCCCUAAAAAGCCCUGUUAGGGACCGUACAUAUGGGAGAUUCACAGAUCUAGUGCUCCACAGUCCUGUUAGGGACCUUGCAGUUUUACUAGCAGACUGUAGAGAUCCAUUGUGAUUGCUGGCCAACAUGAACUCAGACGUUACAGGCUUACUUCAGCCCUGUGUGGACUACAUGGACUGCAUUAUUAUAGCUAUAGGCAUUAUCUUAGACUGGGUGACAGUCUUGCUUCAGCGCUGUCUGGACUACAUUAUUAGGACUAUACUGCAUUAUCUUAGGCUGGGUGACAGGCUUGCUUCAGCCCAAUGACGUCAUCAGACCUGGGCCUUCUGGGAUUUAGCCCCGAGUCUUGGUGUAAAACAAGCUCGGCUACACCGCAUUACACACUGCAACGAACUCUCCAAUCAUGAGCCCUGUCCUGGCCUGCCUCUUCAGUGAUGCCUAAAACCACCAGUUCUGUUGUACGGCGGCACUUUAGGAGGCCCGAGUCACAGUGGUUUCUCAAAGUCAUUUUUGAUUCGCCCAAAAAAGCAUGGAACAAAUGAGCCACGUGGGGCAGAACCAAGUACGACUUAGCGAGAUCCUAUUGGCUCGUUCCAAUUUCAUCUGCAUAUUUCUGUUAGGGAACGCCUCCUCUGUGAAGUGCGCAUGUGCAAUAAAUUAAUUCGCCUUUACACUCCGAAAACAACGCGAUUAAAAAUUAAAAAUAAAGGUUUUGCAAAUGUUCAAGUCUACAAACCUUAGUCUACUUUGUUCAUAAAAUAUUCUAGUUUUGGGAACAUAAAACUUUCUUGAAAAUGUUGGCCAAAAUCCAUCUCGUUCCGUCUUCUCCCAUUUGCCCUCCAGUGGGCUUCCUCUCAGUCCCACACGGAAACGCCAAAGCAGAUGCUUCACUUCUAAAAACCCACGGAAAUAUCUCAUUGAAAUAUCUCAUUGUUCUGUGGCCGAAAAAAAGGACAAAGAGCGAGGUCAACUUUGUCAGCGUGUUAUUAAUAUAGGCCACAGUGAUGAUGUUAUUCAGAGUUAUUGACCUCACAGUAAACCAGAUUCGAGUCAUUUACAAUUCAACAUGUUGAUUCAAAAGCUGCCCUGACAGAUAACGUUAAAACUAACUAACGUCUGGGAGUACCCAGUCUAGCUAUAACGUUAAAACGAACUAACGUCAGGGAGUACCCAGUCUAACUAUAAUGUUAAAACUAACUAACGUCAGGGAGUACCCAGUCUAACUAUAACGUUAAAACUAACUAACGUCAGGGAGUACCCAGUCUAGCUAUAACGUUAAAACUAACUAACGUCUGGGAGUACCCAGUCUAGCUAUAACGUUAAACUAACUAACGUCAGGGAGUACCCAGUCUAACUAUAAUGUUAAA